AUGGAGAGACAAGAACAUCACCACUGUAGCAUAGCAAAACAGACAAUUCUCACAACCCACCCGAGUGGUUUACAAACCCGCGUAUCCGUGGAACUAGCCAACUUUGACGCACUUUGCCUCCAUACAGAAUGCAAGAAGAAACAAUGGGACAGCCCCUUCUCACAUCGGCGUGGAAUAUUAGGCGGAAUCUCUAGUCACAACACCCCAAUUCUGGGACGCAGAAGUGACGCGGUGAACGAAGGAAGGUUGUCCCAACAAUGCACGCCAGUUAUGAGGAGACGCGAGGUGGACAGUCCUGGUGGGUCUCCAUUACCUCUGAGAAGAGAGAUGGACGAAGACUUUUGUGAGGUGGAUAAUAGUGUCAUCAGUGGCUGGUUGAAGUUUCGAGAUAACAAACGGGUGAGUACACUUUGCAUUUAA